UCAAAACGAUCCAUUCAGUCUAAUUUUGUUAGAGCUGCAGAAUGACUCUGUCCUUGAUUAUGUUUAUCUUCAUCUGUGAAUCCAUCAGCAGCAGUGAGGUUUCCAGUCUAUCCAUACACUACAAUAACACUUCAGGUCAUGUUCCACAGAUUUUAUAUCCAUACAAUAAUACCGUGAAAGCAUUGGUUGGCUCAACACUAGAUAUAACUUGCACAGUAUUGGCUGACCUUCCUCCAAAUACUGAAAUAUUGGUCUAUUGGCUAGCUAAUCAAAGUUACAUUGAAGACUACAGCACCAACACUAGAGUUACGGAAGUUCAAACUGAAAGAAGAGAAAAAGAAGCAAGUUAUAUUGAUGUUCACCUGAGUUUUUCAGAAAUUAAAACAAAGGAUUUUGAAAUAAAUUUUGUGUGUGUCGUCUUAAGUGAAGAAAUUGAUCGAGCAAGCUUCAUUUUCAUCAAGCCAGCAGUCUCAAAUGUUGCAUCAGAUUUUGUGGUUGCUCUAGUUGUGCUGAUGAGUAUCAUUCUGGUGAGCAUUUGCAUACACAAGUUUAUAAAAUCCAAGCAUCCACUGAGAUAUGCAAUCCUAAAGUGAGCACUAAUCCAGAUGUUGUCCAACCCAAUUUCAAGGAUUUUCUCUUUUCAGUAUAUUAAAUGGUUUAUUUUGUUUUACAUGUACUUGGAAUUUAAAUGCAUGUUUCGUAACCAACUGCAUAAGUUUAUGCAAGUUUUGUUUUUACCUUUGGAAUUUUAGAUUGAAUAUACUUUAUAUCGCUUCAACCUGCUUGAUACACAUAAUAUACCAAAAUAUCUUCCUUUCAAGCUAUAGUCAUGCUAAAAUGCCAUCUUGACAUCCUUGCUUGAAGCACUUACUGCAUUAUGGUGGGAGCAGCUAGCAAAAUUUGAAUUUGAUGGAUUCGGAAUUCUGAUAAACGUGUUGGGAUCUGAUGUGAAAAUGGUCCUAAUGGUUAUUAUUGCUAAUGAACUUGUGAUCUUGGAAUUUUUUUCCUAUUCAUUUCAUUAUGAGCUGGUAAUGAGGAAAUAGAAGAUCCGUGCUAAUACAUUGGGAAUUACAGCCAUUGUACAUGCUGCAUUGUACGGCAAUGUUGAUGUGAUGCUAUGUAUCUUUUGUUUUUCUGUUUUCACAUAAAAUGUAAAAGUAUGUUGCAAUUUCACAUUAGUCACAGAAGUGAGAUUAUGCUUGUAUUCCUUUCAGUUGUCAAGAUUUUUAUUUCAUGGACAUUAAAAGAAUAAAACCUUACA